GCUUCGGGAUCUCGGAGGCCAUGGGUAGGUUCGUAGCAUGCGCGACAUAGAACAUAGGUGGCGCAAGUUACAGUGUGUUACAAAGCCAGGAUGCUGUCACUCCUGUCACUACCACAGUGGUCACUACCAUCCAUUUGUCCAUUCAACCCGCGAGCGCGAUAGCGCGCACUGUAAAAUCGGUGGCGUGCGCUGGUUGUCACAUUCGCUUGUUUCUUCGAAUAGUUUACAUACGGAUUAUCAAGUUGGUUCAAGCGGAAUCAUCACGGUCCCAGGAGUCCCGGUUCUUCCGUAAUGUCAACGCGGCGUAGGAAUCGUCUCCCGCCACUUCCCGAGGAGCAUGCCCGCUGCUCCCCGGCUAACACGGCAGCCAAGAACUGGGCAAGACUUCUCGAGCAUGCAACCCACCUCGAUCAUCUGUUUCCAGGAAUCCCAAGAGCAGAAGAGAUUUACUCGGAGCUCAAGGUCAUCAGCGUCACGUUCAGGGACGACUUCUUUGCAGUCUGCAUGGAGACAAGCACGCAGCCCUGUCAUCUAGUAGACAGGUUCGACUUUUGGAAUCUGUUCUUGGGAGAGAUCAACAUGGAGCUCUCGGAAGAGGAACCAGGAAGAAUUGGCCUACAUUAUGCGCCUGUGCAAAAAAACACCCAAGGGAAAAGGGUGCCCUAUUUCUUGCUGCACUGGCUUCUCAAGCACCACUGUUGCAUAAAGACCCUCAAUAUUUACGAGUCGUCUCUUGAGUACCUGCAACUUGUUUGUGAUGCUCUGCACCUCAGCUGUGGUCUGGAAGAAUUGGUGUUGGGAUACAGUCUAGACGAGCAAGCACUUGGAAUUGUGUUGUCUGAAGUUGGUACUAUGCCGAGAACUCUCGUAAGGCUAAAAGUGUUUGCCUACAAGGUUCCAGCGUAUGCACUGUACUCACUGGGAACAGCCCUCCAGAGAGUGUUGGGACUGGCUUCAAUAGAUUUGUCUUGCAUGUCUAUGGAUGCUUGUGAUGCUAACUUGCUGCUAAGUGACAUGUCAGCUUGCCCCAGCCUUGCAGAACUUUCUAUUAAGGACUACUUCCUUUUUCCUAGAGGAGGUGCAGCCCUGGCAGAGUUUGUUGCAGGAAGCACUGCUUUGAGGAAGCUCUGUUUGUCGGGAGCUAUGUACUUCGAGAUGAAGCGACUCGAGAGGUUUUUCAAGGGACUAGCCUCCAAUCGCAGCCUCGAAGAACUGCAUCUGUGCAGCUUUAAUCUGGAGAAGCCUGCAAUGGACUUGCUCGUUGAAGCAGUGGUGCACAUUAGCACCCUGAAGAUCCUGGAUAUUGACUGUUUUGAUGAAGAAGUAGAUGGCGAUGGCCUUGCCGAGUUGGUGGCACGCAACACUGGCCUUCGUGAGCUUGUAUUUGGUGGCUGUGAAGCUAAGUGUGUUGCCACAUUUUCUAGGGCCAUUCGUAAGAAUACCCAACUGCAGAAGCUGCAGCUCACCUUGUAUGACAUGGAGAUGCAAAACUACAGAGAAUUGCUGACAGCUCUUUCAUGUAACCAAUCGCUUCAGAAGCUUGUCUUGGACAACGUCCUCAAAAAUGUUGUGGUAGACCUCUGCCAACUGGUUUCGGAGACGAGGACUGAGGGCAGAGUUAAGUUUCCGGUUGGCUUUGAAGAUGCCCUGGAGUUUACCUGCACCAUAAAGAAGUGCUCCAGGCUAACGCAAUUGGCAUACCAACCUAAGCCUGACAGCCUUCCCUUGCCUCGUGAUGCUUUCAGCGGGCUCAUCGACUGCCAUCAACUGAAGUCGCUAACCAUUUCCGAGUGCCACAAACCAAUUGAAAGUGAGUGCUUUAAUGACCUAGCUCGCUUUUUGUCAUGGACCACAACACUAAAAAAAGCAUAUCUUAGCUUUCGUACAACAGCAGAAUCCACCAAAGCCCUCUUGGACGCAAUCCUACAGAACCGGAGCCUCUCGAAGUUGCUCAUCCGCAACUGGACUGUUGAAUCAAGUGAUCUACAAUUGCUCUGUGACAUCAUACGGACUAAGAAGAAUUUGAGCGAACUGCGUUUGCAACUGCUGAACUGCAAGGAACGCAUGGCAGUCUUCUUGCUGGCGGAGCAUUUAUGGAGCAACCUAAACUUGCUCAAGGUGACGGUUAAUGUGGACCCCCUCUAUGACAACCUCUCAGUUCAGCUGCGGAUACGCACAGCCACCCAGCGUAACUUGUCGAUGCUGCGCUGUGCAGUGCAGUUUGUGAUGGGGUCCCAUGGCAGACGGUAUGCAGACGCGUUUGAGAAGGUCUUCAACCUGCCAUCCCUGGUAGAAACUGUUCAGGAGUCUGCAAACGAACCAGAAGAAGAGGCUAAGGAGAUGGUGAGGAGUAGCAAGCGCUACCUCGACCGCAAGUUCUUGACUGUCGUCGGUGUUGUCAGGGAUGCUGUGGUGUGUGAGCCCAAUGGCCAGGUGCAGCUGGAUGGCAUCGGCUUGGACAACUGGCUUCGGAUUCGGCAAUACCUCAGGGUAGCAGACAUCACGCCAGAGCCUGUCGUAGGGCUCCAUUAACCAAGUUCUCUGUGGAAGGGAAGUUGCCCCAAUUGACUGUCUAGCCUCUGGUGCAUAAAGAACAUGGCCCCUUAGCUUCAGCCGAGCAUGCAGGAUGCGACCACAUGAUGUGACGUCAAUUGUCCCUCGUGUCGCCAUGCAGAAGAAGAAUGCACACCAAAGUUAGUAGACUAGAAAGUCUGUCGAGUAUUUUUAACAUUCUGUAUUUCAAGUUCUGUAUUUUGAUAAACAUUUUAGUGGAGGGUAGGAGCAGCAUUUUAUUGUUUAGACAAAGAGGUUAAAAGUGGCUCUCACUCAGAAAAUACUACAUAUUUUCUUAAGGUAAAAUAAAGGCCUUGGAAUGGCCUGCAGAAAUGAUUUACACUACCAGAAGCAGGUAUUCUUCAUCCAAUGUAGAUGAUUUUUUUCCAGUUGCUUUGACUGGAGUCGUGUGGCCGCUGAAAGUGUUUCGCAGAACAGGGGCAAACCUACCCCCUACAAUAGUGCCUUCCAGUGAUGCAGAUUUCUAUGUGAAUAAUAAAACAAGCUCGGAAGAGAAAAAAAAAUAUA